AUGCUGCGCGCCGCCAUCGUCCUCGCCGCCGCGCUGGCCGCGCACGGCGCCUCGACGCCGCGGCGGCGCCUCGGCGCGCUGCGUCGGCGGGACGCGCCGUCGGCGCGCCGGGCCGCCGCGCCGUUGGACGUCCAGGGCGGCGGCGCGGCCGGCGGCGGCGACGGCGUCGCGGCCCGGGCCGAGCUCGACGGCGCCGUCUUCAACCUCGUGAACAACGUCGCGGGCUGCGGCUUCCUCACGCUGAGCUCGGGCAUGGCCGGCUCGGGCUUCGUGCCGUCCGUCGCCGUGCUCGCCGCGCUCGGCGCGAUCUCCUGCUUCACGUUCCUCGCGCUGGGCGAGGAGUGCGCGGCCUACGGCGCGACGGACCUCCGGGGCCUCUGGGCCAACGCCGUGAGCGAGGACACGGCCUGGCUCGUCGACGCGUCCGUGGGCCUGUUCUGCGGCGCGGCGCUCGUCAUCUACCACGGCGUCGUCGGCGACGUCUUCGGGCCCGUGGUCGGCCGGUGGGUGGCGGGCGGCCACGCCACGGCCAUCCUGGCCGUCGCCGCGGGCUGCCUCUGGCCCCUCUGCCAGCUCGACCUCGCCGCGCUCGCGCGGUUCUCGCUCGUGGGCUGCGCGUCCGUCGCGGCGACGGCGUGCGUCAUCCUGCUCCGGAGCGUCGACGGCUCCUACGCGCCCGGCGGCCGCUACUUCGACGCGCCGGCGACGCGCGCGGGCGGCUGGCUCGGCCUCGCGCCGAAGAUGCUCGUGCUGAGCAGAGCAGGAAAAGAGUGCUUCAUUCCGCGCGCGCGCGUGCUGAGCGCGAACCUGGGCCUCGCGUACAUCGCGCACUACAACGCGCCGCCCCUCGCGGGCUCGCUCGCGCCGGGCCGGGAGCCCGCGGAGGCCGCGCGCGACUUCUCCGCCGUGACCGUGCGGUCCUUCGCCGUGCUGAUCGCGCUCUACGCGGCGGUCAUGGUCGCGGGCGCGGCCACGUUCGGCGACGCGGCCGCGCCGAACCUCAUGGUCAACUACGCCGACGCCGACGCCCUGGCGCAGAUGGCCAAGCUCGCGACGGGCGCGUCCAUCAUCUUCGGCUUCCCCCUCGUCUUCUCCGCGUUCGCGAACUGGGCCUACUCGCUCGCGCCCGCGCCCGUCUUCGCGGCCCUCAAGUCGUCCAAGGCCGCGAGGCUCGGCGCGUCGGGCCUGCUCAUCCUGCUCACGGUCGUCGUCGCCCUCAACGCGUCGGACAUCGGCCUCCCCGCGGGCCUCGCGGGCUCGCUCCUCGGCGGCUUCGUCGUCUACGUGCUCCCGGCGGCCGUCAAGUGGCAGCGCGCGGCGACGGCCGCGGAGAUGGCGGGCUGCGCGGGGCUCGCGGGGCUCGGCGCCGUGCUGGCGCUCCUCGGGGCGUCCCAGCGUAUCCUUUAUGCCGACGCCGACGAGUACACGCUCCUGCUCUUCCUCGACAGCGAAACGCGGCGCAUCCUCCUCGAGGUGCCCAACGCGCUCGGCUGGCGCCUGCACUACGGCGCGCGCGGCAAAGACGUCGCCGCGGCCGUCGCGGCGUCGGGCGUCGUCGGCGCCGGACCCGCGGACGCGGUCGGGCUCAUGCUCUUCACGUUCCGCGGCGCGCCGGACCGCGCGAUGCGCGUCCGCGUGCACGCCGUCGCCGUCGCGGCGCCGCAGCCCGCGGGCGCCUUCGUCGCGUACGACGCCGUGCCCUACGAGUCCAUGUGGCGCGACGACGCCCUCUGGCUGCCCGGCGUCCUCGACGGCUCGGGCCGCGCGUUCGCCGGCCAUUUCGUGUUCGCGGGCGGCCCGGGCAAAGACGCGCCGCUCGUCGCGCACAACUGCGCGUCGUCGCCGAGGAACGACGCGCCGCUCGUCGCGUGCGCGUCGUCGGAGCUCCCCGUGCGGUCCUACUACCGGGGCGCCGCGCCGCGCGCGGGGACCGUCGCCAUCGCGCGGCGCGCCGGCCGCGACGUGGCCGCCGCCGCGCUCCUCGCGGCGAUCGACCCCGCGGCGGACCUCGCGCGCUGGGCGCCGCUCGCCUACGACGACGGCCGGGGCGGCUGGGUGCCGCUCGACGACGUCGCGACGGUGCGCGUCGACGCCGCCGAGGCCCGCGUCGAAUUCGUCGACCGGUGCCAAAGCGCCGCGAUAUCGACACCGCCGCGCGACGGCUUCUUCGGCGUCGGCAUCGUGCGGGGCAAGACGGGCGGCAACGACGGCGUGCUCUGGCGGUCCGCGGCCCAGCUCGGCGCGGCGUUCAGCUUCAGCGUGGGCGCGCGCUUCGGCCGGCUCGACGGCGCGACGGACGCGAUCGACGCGUGGAAGACGGUGCCCAAUUUUCGCUACGACAGUUUCGCCGACUUCGCGAAGAGCUCGCCGCGGGGCGCGGCCUGGGUCGCCGUCGAGAUGGGCGGCGAGCCGCUGGAGACCUUUGUGCACCCGGACCGCGCGGUCUACUUUUUGGGGGCCGAGGACCACGGCGUGCCCAAGGACGUGCUGCGCGCGUGCCGCCACGUCGUCUCGCUCCCCGCCGCGCGGUCCGCGUCCUACAACGUCGCCGUCGCCGGUGCUUUGGUCAUGUACGACCGGCUGUCGAAGCGGAACCGGCCGGCGGCGCCGCCGCCGCCGCCCCGUUUGGCGGUCCGCGACGACGCGCCCGAGCGGGACGCGCCCGCGCGCCUGCCCGUCGUCCUCUUCCAGCGCGACGCGGCCGCCGCGCCGCGCGUCGCGGCCUACCUGCGGUCGCGCCACGGCCUCGCCGCGCAGCGGCCCUCGGCGCGGCCCGGCGACGCGGACACGCUCGGCGGCCUCGAAAUCAAAACGCUGGCAACGCUCGGCUUCGCCGUCGCCUCGCCCGGCGACGGCGACGCGGCGCGCGCGGCCGCCGCCGUCGCCCGCGACCCCGUGAUCGCCGGCGCCGCCGUGCCGCGCAUCCUCGUGCUCGAGCGGCGCGCCGCGGGGCUGGAAGGGAUCGGCCUGGACCCGGCGCUCGCGUACCGCGUCGCCGCGGCGCCCAAGGCCCUGGAGCGCCGCGUCGUCGCCGCGCUGCCCGAGGCGAUCCGCCUCGACCCCGUGGGCGCGACGCACGUGCUGAGCGUCGUCGAGACCGACGGCGGCGUCCUCUACGGCGUCGCCGCGAGGGAGCGGAUCCCCGCGGCGACGCCGGGCAAGCCGCCGGCGGGCUUCGCGGUCCUCGAGGAGCUCGCGCGGCGGGGCGCGCUGCCCCCGGCGCCGCGGGGCGCCCUGGUCGUCGUCCUCCCGGGCUGCCCGCCGGGCUUCGCCGCCUACCUCGCGCGCCGCGGCGACGCGGUCGACGCCGGCGGCGGCGGCGGCGGCCCCGUCGCGGCGCUCUUCGCGGACGGCGGCGACGCGCCCGCGCGCGCGGUCGAGGUCGCCGCGGGCCACCUCCCGCGCCUCGACGGGCCCUUCGUCUUCACCGUCGCCCCGCGGCACCGCCGGACCGACGCCGACCUCGCGGACGACGCGCGCGCGCGCCUCGAGGCGCGGUUUCCAACGCUCCGCGCGGCGCGGGCGUCGUGCCUCUGGCUCUUCGCCAACGCCAAACCCGCAGCGCUGCGCGGACCGGCAGCGCUGCGCGCCGCGCCGGACGACCUCAGCGGCCUGCCGCGCGCCGAGCUCGAGGAGCUCGCGCGGCGGCUCACGAGCGAGAACGCGGCGCUGCGGCGGAGCGUGGAGGCGCCGCGGACUUCCUUCUCGCUGGGCGCGGCGUCGCUCUGCGCGGGCUUCGCCUUCGAGUCCUACAACGACCCGGACGGCGCGCGCUGGGAGCGGGGCGCGGACGGGUGCGACGUCGCGUUCCGCGACGCGUCGUUCGUGCGGUCGUGCUACGCGGGCGCGCUCAUCGCGCGCGUCGUCGAGGCCCGGGGCCUCGAGGGCCAGCAGGACCUCCAGGAGAUCGCCCUGACGGGGUCGGCGAGCGACCCCUACGUGCGCCUCGCGGUCGUCGAGCGGUCGCCCCGGGGCUCGCAGCGCGAACGCGCGUCGAACGCGACGGACGUCGCGCGCACGGAGACGGUCUGGCGCGGCGGCGACAACGCCGUCUGGCCCGACAACUCCCACUGCCUCUACGUGCGCGACCCGGCGGCGGCGAGCCUCGCCGUCUACGACGAGGACGUCGCGUCCGACGACGACCUGUUGGGCGUCGCGGAGCUGCCCCUGAGCGACAUCCUGAAGGCGGGCGGCGCGGCGACCUUCGAGCUGCCGCUCGCGGUCGACGCCGAGGACCGCGUCGACUUCGACGGCCGCUUCGCGGUCGCGGGCGCGGCCGCGGCGGCCAUGGCGGGCGUCGCGACGGGCGGCGUCGCCCUCGCCGCGGCGGCGGCCGCGGCGACGGCGGCGCGCGUGUCCAACGACCGGGGCCGCGGGAGCCUGACCGUCGAGCUCCGCUACGUCGCGUUCGCCGACGACGCGGACGUGGCCGCGCUCGACGAGUCGGGCGCCUUCGAGCGCCUCGAGGCGCCCGCGGGCCCGCGGGGCGCGUCGCCCGAGGCCGGCGUCGACUGGAGCGCCCUCAACGCGGCCGCGGCGCCCGACGCGGGCGACUUCACACCGCUCUGCUUCGUCGACCACCAGAGGACGGGCACGCAGGCGGGCCUCUGGCGCGACGACCGGCGGCGGCGGUUGUUGAUCUCCUUCCGGGGCACGUCGGAGCCGCGGGACCUGGUGACGGACGCGUCCGCGCUCAUGACGCCGUGGCGCCGCGACGCGGAUUUGGCGAGGGACGGCUACGACGACUGCGUCCCGAGCGCCCUCGGCGACGCCCUGGUGCACGCGGGCUUCCGGGGCGCUCUAGAUUCCGUCGCGCGGCGCCUGAAGCAGCUCGCGGUCUACGCGGCGACGGACGCGGGCGGCCGCGGCGGCCUGCCCGACGCGUCCGCGCCCGACGCGCUCCGAGGCUGGGAGCUGAUCGUGACGGGCCACUCGCUCGGCGGCGCGCUGGCGACCCUGUUCGCCUACGACGUCGCGCCGGGCGUCGACGCGGCCGCGGCGCUGCCCGUGCGCGCGCCCGUGUCGCGGCCGUGGUUCCUGCCGCCCGUCGCGGGCGCGGCGCCCGGCGCGCCGCCGCCGGCCCUCGACCGCCCGAAAUUCGCCCGGACGACGCUCAUCACCUUCGGGGCGCCGCGCGUGGGGGACGGCGCCUUCGCGGCGACCUUCGACGCGACGGCCGGGCACCGCGUCGUCAACGGCCAGGACGUCGUCGCGCGGCUGCCGCGCGGCUUCUCCUACGCCCAUUGCGGCCGCACGGUCUUCAUCUCCGACGACGCGAGCGAGCCCGCGCUCUGGGUCGAGGGGUCCGACGACCGCGCGUGCCCGCUGAAGCGGGGCGACGGCUCGCUCACCGGCGUCGCCGCGUCCGGCGGCUCGUCCGCGCUCGCGGGGCUGCUCGAGGCGGCGGGCGCCGAGGCGUCCCAGGUGAAGCCGUUUGAUCUACGGUCCGCGGCGGCGGGCGCCGCGCGCCUCGGCCGCGCGGUCGAGUCCGCCGCGCGGGCCGCGUCCGCGCGCGACGUCGCCGAGGCCGCGGGCCUCGACGGCGGCUUCGUCGACGCGGAGCUCAAGAUGGUCCGCGCGAUCGCGUCCGGCGACGCCCUCGCCCACCACCUCGAGCCGUCCUACUUCGAGGGCAUGAAGCGCGCGCUCGCCGCGGCCGACGGGGCUAAGGCAGCGCAUGAUGGCGACAUCGCCGUCGUCGAGUUCACGAUUCUCGACGCGCACGACGCGGCGAUGGCGCUGUCCCUCGUGCGCGCUGCGCUGGCGCUGACGAAGCACGCGUCGGCCGUCGUCGGCGUCGUCGCCGUCCACGGCGAGUGCGGCGGCACGGCGCUGGCCUACCUCGAAAAGUCCGAGGCCGCCGAGCUCUUCGCGCGGCGCUGGGACGGCGCGGCGCUGCGGUCCGAGCCCGAGCGGGCCGUCGCGACGGCUCGGUGCGCGACGACGUCGCUCGCCGACGAGCUCGCGCGCGUCGCGCGCGGCGGCCUGGCGCCGGCGAGCGUCGCCCUCGCGCCCUGGGAGAACGGCGGCGACGCGCCGGCCUGGCGCCUCGCGCUCCACGUCGCGCUCGCGGUGCGCUCGCGGCUCGACGGCGUCGCCGCCGCCGUCGACCGCGAGGACCGCGAGGCGGCGCUCCACGCGUUCCACGAGCGCGCCCACCCGGCGGCGGGGCGCCGCGGCUGGGACGCGCCGACUCCGGCCAAGUUCGACCGCGAGCGGGAGAAGUGGAGCCUCGACGCCGCGGGCCCGCCGCCGCUCGCCGUCGACGCGAACGGCGCGGGCUGGCAGCACUGCUACGCCGUCGCCAAGGUGCGCCUCUCGCGGAGCGACUGGCUCGCGCUCCACGAGGCGCGGGCGCGGCACGGCGCCGCCGCCGAGGACGGCGAGGAUCUGGCGGCGCUGACGGAUCCCGCGGGCAACCGGUGGACCGUUUACGCGCAGGCCAUCGAGCCGUCGCUCGCGGCCGCGGGCGGCGGCCGGGGCACGGGCGGCCGCGCGGCGGCGCGGGGCGCCGUCGGCGCCGCGGCCGCGCGGGACGCGGCGGCGCCGGGCGCGCGCGAGGCGUCCGCGGGGGGUUCCGCGCUCGCGGUCUUCGUGCGCGCGGACUUUGGCGCGGGCCGGCCCUUCGGCGCGGCCAUCGAGGCGAAAUUGGGCGUCCACGCCGUGCGCCACGACGGGUCGCGGCUCCACGGCUGCCGCGGCGCGGCCGAGCUGCCCCAGACGCGCGAGCUGCUGCGGCACGAGCUCGCGCCCGCGUCGAACCUCGCCUACGACACGCUCGGCUGCGUCGUCAUCGACCACGUCGCGCCCGCGCGCCGGGCCCGCGACGCGGACCAGGAGGCCCUCGACGCCGCGGCCGAGGCCGCGCGCCUCGCGCUCGUCGACGACGCGGCGGCGUUGGUCGCCGCGCGCCGCGGCGGCGGCGGCGGCGACGCGGCGCGGCUCUGGGCGCGGCUCGACGGCCGCGCGGCGGACUGCCGGCGCCUCGCGGCCCUGGCGGCGGCGUCCGCGGCGGACCGCGCGCGCGCCGACGCCGCGCGGCGGAGCUCGCUGAAGGCGCCCUGGGCGACGGCGCUCGACGACGUCUUCGGUCCGGACGGAAGCCUCGAGCUCAACGUCGCGCUCGCGCCGACGCGGCGCAUGAAGGGCCUGGACACGUGGCGCGCCGUGCGCUGGCUCGGCGCCCAGCACCCGCGGCGCGUGAGCCUCCAGCCGCCCGUGCUCUUCGAGUACUACGCGGAGGCGCUCGCGUGGGGCGACGCGGGCGCGACGAAGGCCGUCGGCCGCAUGCUCCUCGACGGCGGCGAGGGCGAGCCGGGCCGCCACGCCCUGCUCUACGCGCCGCCGCGGGCGCGGGGGCCGGCCUCGGUCUUCUGCGCGCUCUGCCGCGCCAUGGAGCGCAGCGGCGACCCGUCGGAGAUCGCCGCGUCCGCGGCGGACUACGUCGCGUGCUUCGACUGGGUCCGGUCCGUCUGCGGCCGCGGCGCCUUCGCCGCGGCGCUCGCGGACCGCGGCGACGACGCCUUCGGCGGGGCCGCCGUGCUCCACGCGCUCUGCGCGGCGACGCCGUCGACGGCGAACCGGCGCGCGAUCGCGGCGCUGCUGAGGCUGGGCGCGGACCCGCUCGCGGCCGCGGGGCCGCCGGCGGCCUUCGGGAGCGACGCCGACGGCGACGACGACGAGGCGGCCCGCGGCGGGCCCCUCUUCGCGCUGGGCGUCGCCUUCGAGAGCAGCAACGACGGCGCGGCGCACGCGCUCGUCGCGGCCGUCGGCGACGCGCGGCGCCGCGGCGCCGCGGGCGACGGCGGCGUCCUGGGCGCCGUCGUGCGCGACGCGCUGCGCCACGCCUUCACGAACACGGCCAUGGGGCUCCACCUCCAGCUCCUGCUGGCGUCGCCGGCGCUCGAGCGGCCGACGCUCGACGCGCUCCGCGACCUCCACAUCGACGCCGUCGCGGGCCGCGGCGACGCGCGCCUCGACUUCUACACGCCCGUGAUCCGGUUGGUGAAGAACGCCAAGGACAUGGGCCUGCGGCCCGUCGAGAUCCGGCCCCUGAACUACAUCGAGUACGCGCACGCGUCCAUGGACGCCGACGCCGCGGCGGUCGACGAGCGGCGGCGCCGCGGCGGCGGCGCGCUCCGCUACGGCCGCGACGAAUUAUUGGCGCUCCGCGCGGGUGCGCUCGCGGGGCCCGGCGCGGCGGCGCGCGGCGACCCGGCGGCCCUCGGCGAGCGCCUGCGGCGCCUCGAGCGGCGGGCCGAGGACCGCGCGGGCGAGCGGUCGCGCGCCGCCGCGCGCGCCGCGGAGCUCCGCGAGGCCCACGCGGCGAGGGUCGCGGCGCGCGCGUCGUUGUUGGGCAAGCUCGGCGAGCGCGUCGCGCUCCUCGAGGCCAUCCUCGACGACGCGGGCGACCUCGACCCCGCGGCGCGCCGGGACCUCGCGGCGUCCGCGCGGAAAGCGCGCGACGCGCGCGAGGCGGCCCUGCUCGACGGCGCCGACGUCGCGACGUCGGCGCGGGACCUCGCGGACGCCGGCGGCGCCCUCGCGGACGCCGAGGCCGCGGCGGAGGCCGCGGCCGCGGAGCUCGACGCCGCGGCGGCCGCCGCGAACUCGCCGUCGGCGCCGACGUACUGGGCCAUCUCCGCCUACGUCGUCAGCGCCGACGGCGACGACUCCGCGUCCGACGCGUCCGACGUCUCCGACGCGGGCGACGACGCCCCCGCGCCCGCGGAGCCGGCGCCGGCGCCCGCGCGCGCGGAGCCGCCGGCGCGCGCGCGCGCGCGCUGGGGCGACGACGACGACGACGACGAGCCGGCGCCGGCGGCCCGCGGGGGCCUGCUCGACAGGGACUUGGACGCCGCCGUCGCCGCGGCGCUGGGCGCGGAGAGUUUCGGCGACGGCGCGCGCGCGGCGCCGCGGCCGCGCGCGUCGAGCGUGUGCUCCGACGACUGGCCCGACGCGUGCGCCUUCGCGCCGGACUCGCCGGCGGCGUCGACGCCGCCGCGGAGCCCGGACCGCGCGCCCGAGGAGCCGCCGGACAUCGACGGCGGCGACGACGACGAGCUCCCGUCGUUCGCGCCGGCCGAGGACCCCGCGCGCGCCGCGGGCGGCGACGACGAGGAGCUGCCGAGCGCGGCCAUCCUGCGCGGCGCCAAGGUGGACCAGCUCAUCGUCUACCUCUGCCGCCUCGCGCGGCGGCGCACGGGCGGCGCGCCCGCGACGGUCCGCGACUUUGGCUAUCUGGAGAAGAAGGAGGCCGCGGACGUGCUUCAAAAAACGAUCUUCCACUUCUGGAUGCUCUACAGCGGGCCCGCGUCGCUCGUCAACGACCCCUUCUUCCCGCCGUCCGUGGAGCAGAUGAGCGAGCACGCGGCCGCGCGCGGCGCGGCCGAGUGCGCCGCGCACCUGCUCCGGCACUGCGCGGACCAGAUCGAGGCCUUCUACAACCGCAUGAGCCGCGAGGGCUACACGGGGUCCGCGGACAAGUGCGACAAGGCCUGGGCGCGCGAGGCGGCGCGGCGGCUCCUGCGCAAGUUCGGCGACGCGGGCGUCGCGGUGCGCCUCGCGGGCGCGACGGCGCGCCGCGCGGCGAACAACCAGGCCCCCGGCGGCCGCUGGACCGACGCGUCGCUCGGGUUGGCCCUGCGGGCCAUCGACCCGGCGCCCGACGGCGCGCCGUCCGUCGAGGUCUACGCGACGCGCGGCGGCGCGGCCAUGGCCGCGAAGCUGCGCCGGGGCCACUUCGACGAGCUCGCGCGGCUCCACGCGCGCGAGGGCCGCGCGCGGGAGGGCCGGCUGCUGGCGCGCGUCUUCUGCUGCGUCCACCGCUACGAGACGCUCUUCCGCUUCAAGGGGGGGCACCUGUCCGCGUGCCCCGCGGCCGCGUUCGCCGCGCUCCGGUCGGGCUUCGAGGUCUACCGCGAGGCCUUUAGCUCGCCGCUGAACCGGAGCUUCAGGAGCUGCGACUACUUCUCCCUCUUCUACGACGUGGACCGCUUCUUCGGGAGCCGGGGCUCCUUCUACGCGGCGCUGCCGCCGCCGGGAUCCUACCAGGCGAACCCGCCGUACGACGCGAACUCGAUGACGCGCGCCGUGGAGCACAUCUGCGCGACGCUCGACGCCUACGAGCACCUGGGCCCCAAGGGCGCGACGUCCUUCGUCCUGGUGCUGCCGCGCUACUUCAAGAACCAGCGGUCGCAGCGCCGCGUCGACGCGCUCCUCGCGCGGUGGCGCCGCCACGGCGAGACGAUGCACGACGCGCUCUUCGACUGCGGCUUCCAGCACCGGCCCGAGCCCAACGUCAGCGGCCACGACUUCGACGCGCGGGGCGUGCGCUGGAUCUCCAAGUGCCCCAUCCAGCUCCUCUGGCUCCAGAACGCCGCGGGCCACCGCCGCUGGCCGCCGGACGCGGACCGCGUCGCCGCGGUCGUCGCGGGGUUCUCCGUGGCCGCUAAUAUGGACUGAGCCCGU